GACAAUAAUACACCAGCCAAAAUGCAACUCAAAGCCAUACUUUCCCCUUCUCUUAACAUUCAAAUCAAUAUUCCCACAAUUAAACAUAUAUCUUUCUCAUCCAAUUUGCAGCGCCCUAAAUCCUUCCUCAAACCCUUCAAUUUAUGCUUUCCUGAAUUCCAUCCAAUUCCCAGAAAUUUGCAGAAAAAUGGCUGCAUUAGCCCUAGCCAAGAUUUUCUGGGUGAUAAUCUUCAAACCCAUGAACCAGAGCCCGAAAUUACUAGUUUUGAGACUAACCCAGAAAUUCAAAACCUUCAAUUUUCAGAACCCACUAAUGAAGCUGAAGAAUUUGCUAAUCAAAGUACAUGGGAUCAAAUGAUUGAGAUUAUUAAGUUUUCUGGGCCUGCUACUGGGCUUUGGAUUUGUGGGCCUUUGAUGAGUCUCAUUGAUACUGCUGUUAUUGGCCAAGGCAGCUCUCUUGAGCUAGCUGCUUUAGGUCCAGCAACUGUACUAUGUGAUUAUGUUGGAUUUGUGUUUAUGUUUAUUUCAGUUGCAACUUCCAAUAUGGUUGCUACUUCACUAGCUCAAAAGGAUGAGGAUCAAGUGCAGCAUCAGAUAUCCAUGUUACUAUUCAUCAGUCUGGCAAGUGGAUUGCUGUUGUUUUUGCUGACAAAAGGCUUCGGUGAAUGGGCUUUAACUGCUUUUGUGGGAGUUAAGAAUGUGAAUCUUGUAUCUGCUGCGAAUUCGUAUAUACAGAUUCGUGCCUUAGCAUGGCCUGCCAUUCUUGUUGGCUAUGUUGCUCAGAGUGCCAGUCUAGGCAUGAAAGAUUCGCUGGGACCAUUGAAGGCCCUGCUCAUUGCCAGUGCUCUCAAUGGCCUUGGUGAUAUAGUACUUUGUACCUUCUUAAAUUAUGGAAUAGCUGGUGCAGCGUGGGCUACUGCAGCAUCACAAAUUGCUGCAGCUUAUGUGAUGAUUGAUGGUUUGAAUAGAAAAGGUUACAAUGGGUAUUCCUUUUCAGUUCCAUCAACUGCUGAACUGCAAGUGAUAGCAGGGAUUGCUGCCCCCGUCUUUGUAACCAUGGUUUCUAAGGUGGGCUUCUACGGUCUACUUAUAUAUUUUGCUACGUCUAUGGGUUCGCAUGUAGUGGCUGCUCAUCAGGUGUUGCUUAAUAUAUUUGGCAUAUGUUCAGUAUGGGGUGAGCCCCUUUCUCAAACUGCACAAUCAUUUAUGCCCGAGCUAUUGUAUGGAGCCAACCGAAGUUUAGUAAAGGCGAGAUCUCUAUUGAAGUCUCUUCUGAUAAUAGGAGCGUUUCUUGGACUUCUUCUAGGAACUGCCGCAACUGCGGUCCCUUUUGUUGUUCCAAAUCUCUUCACAUCUGAUACAGUAGUGAUAGGAGAGAUGCGCAAUGUUUGGAUUUGUUUCUUCUUGGCUUUGAGUGUGACACCUUGUAUACUCCCCUGUGAGGGUACAUUGCUGGCUGGCAGGGAUCUCAAAUUCAUUAGUGUAUCAAUGAGUGGAUGUUUCGCUUUAGGCGGAAUUGUAUUACUGCUCGUGAGAAGUCAAGGAUUAGGCUUAUUAGGCUGUUGGAGUGCCCUUGUUGGAUUUCAAUGGGCACGCUUCUUGAUUUCUCUUAGACGCCUUCUUUCUCCUAGUGGCGUACUAUUCUCAGAGGAUCUUGCUUAUUUGAGAUUGGCCGAGCUUAAAGUUGCUUAGAAUAUUCACCCCUUUUACCCCAUGACUUGUCGAGUUGUCGUGUUAUGUACAAUCUCCAAUAGUCGACUUGUAAACACAACUUUGCAUUGAUUCAUGCAUACAAAAACUCACAAUCAAAAACCCAUUAUAAACAUCAAACUGAUACAAAAACGGAGUAAUUCAGUACAAACUAGUGAAGCGAACCGACACAAGUUUAGGGGUGAUUGUAGGAAAAAAAAAAAGGGGCAACUAAAGAAGCUGAAUUCAGUCUUAAAAAACUCGUGUUCAACCUUUGCAAGAAGAAAAGAGGCAUGCUUCCAAACUUUGUAAGUUCUUUGUUUCGAAAUAUCAGUGGUUAAUAUUUGGGAGGAUUGGGACUUAGUGUAUUGUUUUGUUUUGCAUUAAUAAUUUAUUAUGUUGGGUCAAAUCUGAAAUUGGAUUACUUGGUAUUUGGUGUUACAAUUGAAUAUCAUCAUAUAUGGUCCCAUAGAAAGCGUGCGAAACGGCGUAAUGGACGAGAGGUGUGAAGUUAUGCUUGAUAAUGUAAGUACUUUUUUUUGGCCUUUUUGUGUGGGAAAGGCCCGUGAGCUAUAAAAAAUCUAUAUAAGUGACAAAGGAAAUACAGCAUUCGAUUUUGGAGAGUUACAGAGCAAUCAUUUUUGUUUGGAUCGGGUCAUUUUCAGAUUCAAUGGAAAUCAAUUUACUAUGGAAAGUAGAUAAGUUUCGAUUAUACUAAGUAUUUAAUUUAUUUUGGUUCAAAUCAAUUGCAAUUUGAGUCAUCUAAUUUUAGGUACAAUUU